CUUACUUUGUUUAAUUUUUCUAUGAUGUUAUUGAAUGCACAUGGUGGCAAUGGCAGAAGAAAAUGAAAAAGGAUUGAAUGAGAUUUUUUUACUACUUCAACCACAUCUGUUAAAUGACUCUACUUUAAUCAAUAUUUUAAAAGAUAGAUGUGUGCGACGGCAGGGCCUGGCCUCACUGAGGCGCGACCAGCUCCUGGAACUGUUCUACCACGUGGCGGUACCUCUGCCCCAGCGCAAGUACCGUGACAACCGCCGGGGUCGCAUCCUCACCAGGAUCAGGGAGAGGCUAGAGCGGACCCGGCAGGUGGACUCCAGCCCCAGCAGCACAGUGCAGAUCGGCUUCCGGGAAGGGUCGUCGUCUUGUCGAAGCCCCGCGACCGCAGCCGCGGAGAGACUAAAGCCUCCCCCGAGUGGCGCUAGCCUUGAGCGAAGGAAAAUAAGACUGAGCACCGAUUCGUCAGGUGGCCAGAGCAAGCGCCUCAAGACACAGAAUUGGUUGCAAACUAACGGAGAUAGCCUAGACCGGGUUAUCAUCAAGAACAGGACGAAGGAGAAAGGGGCGGAUGCGAAGCCGACGAGCUCUUGCGGCCUGACUGAGAAGAUGGCGGAGGUGCAGCUGACGAGUUCUGGAGCACCAGAUGAGACAGAGGUUCCGAAGAAGAUCAAGCUGAAGAGGACCUUCAGCAACAGCAGCAGUAGUGGCGUCAUCAGCAGCUCCCAGGUGUCAAGCACAAGUGUGGAUACUGAGAAAGAGGUUAGUAGGAAGAAGUUGAAAAGAAAGAUAACGUGGCCGUAACGGGGCGUGCCGACUUAUGGACUCCAAACACGCCUCUGUAAACUGGCUGCGAAUAGUUGCUCGUACUGGUCUCGAAGCAGAAAUGACAACAGCUUUGCCGUACAAAGUGAGUUCCUGCAAUGCAUACUGCGAUGUUACGAGUGUCAGCUCUUCAGAGCUCUGUCAUAGUUGUUGCUUACGGUUUUCCGUUGACCUCGUCCAAAAUUUGGUUUUGACUGCUUGAUAUAUUAUUUUUAAUGAUUGUUUUCAUCAAAAAUGUAUUUACAUUAACAAUAUUGAAAGAAAAAUUUUUUCUCUAGUAGAGUGUACCAGAUCAAAUGUUUUAUUAGUCUGCAACAUUAGUGAAAUGAGCAAAUGAAAAUAUCAUUAUUCAGAAAAUUUAUCACUGUUUAGUUGCAAUUACAUAGUUUUAUAUUAAAAUACUAUCGCACUCCGGACCACCUCAGCUAGAAAUUAAUUGGACCAUGAAUAAAUAUGUAAGUUCCAAAAGAAAUUUUACCGCCAACAGUUGGAUAUUUGAAUAAGUCUCUCGGACACAAACUGA